AUGUCGAUCACGUGUAAAAUUGAGUUUGAGGACAAUCCACAGAAAGUUUUUUGCGCUGGCGGAUUAUUACAGGGCACAGCAGAACUCAAUUUCAAAAUACAAAAAUCCGUACGCUCUGGUUCAAUUGAAUUACAACCGGGGACAUACAAGUUUACCUUUGAGUUCACACUACCCCAUCAAUUGCCGUCGUCCAUUGAAGGCGAUUGUGGACAUAUCAGAUAUGUGGCAAAAGUUGUUUGCGAUAUGCCAAUGUGGGUUGAUAAGAAAUUUGAGGAACCUUUCACCGUUAUUCGUCCGACUAAUUUACGCGAAACAUUGCGGAAUCCAGUCGUUGUUGGAAUUCAGGAAAAAAUUGUUCCAUGUUUUUUUUCAUGCUCCAAUCCGGAUCCUGUAACAAUUACCGCUCGCAUGCCAUUCGGUGGAUACAAUUCAGGAGAAUCCAUUAAUCUGGAAAUCAAUGUCGAAAAUAUCAGCAAUCAUUCAUUCUAUGAAUUUACGGCCGAAUUGAUUCGAUGGAGGGAGGAAACCAUGACACUGUCUGAGGAGACCACAGGAGGAUGCGAUGGAAAUCAAAGGAAAACAAUUCGGAUUAAUAUCGAAAUACCAAAAACUCCACCAACGGACACAACAAUAGUUGCGGUGACGCCACCCUUCUACACUACACCUACGGUUGAUAUUCCGAUCAUCAUUGGUUCAAAUCGAUAUCAGAUUGAUACAAUGCCGAAACAACCGGACAUUAAAACCAUCCAAGAAGCUCCUGCUACUCCGAAUAUUGUAAUUGCACAACCGCCAUCCUCCGCACAGGAUACACUUGAACCAAAAUAUUGA